AGGAGCUCUCCAAGGAUUUGUGCUGCAUCCACUUCUGCAUUUUCCUUCUGAUUUGCACUCUAAAACAUACAGCGCAGGACGAGGAAAUAACAGUGGACGAUCUUUUUCCCCAGCGGGACACGACCCACGAUGAGUGGACCGACUUAUGACAGGAAGAUACCUGGUAUUUCGGCUGAUCUUUCAGGCUCUAUGAGUUGCCAUCCGACAUCUAAGGACUCUCCAACUCUACCUGAGUCCUCAGCUACAGACAUGGGUUACUACAACGGCCAGACAACGCACAGCCAUCACGAAUACUACCAGAGCCAGCCUUACGCGCAGCCCAUGAAUUCGUAUCACCAGUUUAAUCUCCCCGGAAUGAGUGGAACGGGGCCCUAUCCCACCAAGUCAGAAUACCCUUACAGCAACUCCUACCGACAGUACGGACAUUUCAGUAGGGAUUUACAGACACCACCCCAAAAUACAGUCAAAGAGGAGCCAGAAACUGAAGUUCGAAUGGUAAAUGGCAAACCCAAGAAAAUCCGCAAGCCGCGCACCAUUUACUCCAGCUAUCAGCUUGCGGCGUUGCAGCGGCGGUUCCAGAAGGCACAGUACCUCGCGCUUCCCGAGAGAGCUGAGCUCGCUGCGCAGCUCGGUUUAACGCAGACGCAGGUUAAAAUAUGGUUCCAGAAUCGGAGAUCCAAGUUCAAGAAGCUGUACAAGAACGGCGAAAUUCCACUCGAACACAGUCCAAACGCCAGUGACUCCAUGGCAUGUAACUCACCACCAUCUCCAGCAGUAUGGGACAAUAACGGUCACUCCAGCCAGGUCAACAGGGGGCAGGCACCUCAGCCCCCCCUGAGCACGACACCACCCUACAUGGAAGACUACAGCAGUCACUGGUAUCAGCAGGGAUCGCAUUUACAACAUGCAGGCGCGGUGCACCACUCUGGCCCGCCGCAGAGCGUAGGGGCUGUGUAUUGACAGAGACUUGACUUAAUACAGAGUUUAAUAUAAAAUGGACCGGACUUUUAUACAAGCAGCUAAACUGUCCAUAGUGGCUAUAGUAGGGCCUAAGGAAAAUAAGCUGAAAGAUACUGUAUCUGGAAGAUUGGAGGAUCUGGAGUCAUACCGAGCGGACCAGCUGGCUUUUGUUGGCUUAAAGACGCGUAAAGAAGAAUGCAUCUUUGUAUCACAGUAAUAUUUCAACCGCUCGACUAUUCAGAUUAAUCUUAUGAGCACAUAGGCAUAUACUAACAUGAUAUUUAAUGGACUAUGGUGUGGUUUUAAAUUAUUUUGCUCCCAUUGUAUUCAUUUUAUUGUUGUUCUUUGAUAGACGAAUUUUCAAGUAUUUGCUUGUUUACGAUAUCACGAAAGAUUAAAAGAACCCCAAACUUGUGCAUUUGUCCCGCACACCAACAGCGUGGGUUGAUGUCGCUUGCCUCAGAGACUCAGGACAUAAGUUAUAUAGAAUUGUACAAUAUGUUAAAAGAUGUAGUUGUAUAUAUGUGUUUAAUUGAAACAGAACCACUAAAUUCAUAUUGUUUUGAAUUAUAAACACUGCGCGGUGGUACCUGCUCCGUUUUUCUAUUUCUGUAAGUAGUGCUUUUUUUGCUUUCAUUGUAAUGCUGUUAAUUUGAA